AUGGCACCUGGAUCCAUCAUGAUGGCCCCCAUCUGUCUGGUGGAAAAUGAGAAACAGCAGCUGAGGGUAAACCCAGAAGCACUGAACAUUCUGGAGAAGAUCUCAGAGCCGGUGGUGGUGGUGGCCAUCGCAGGGCUGUGUCGCACAGGAAAGUCCUACCUAAUGAACCGCCUGGCGGGACAGAACCAUGGUUUCCCUCUGGGCUCCACUGUGCAGUCCAAAACCAAGGGCAUCUGGAUGUGGUGUGUGCCCCACCCCUCCAAGCCAGACCACACUCUGGUCCUUCUGGACACUGAGGGCCUGGGGGAUGUGGAAAAGGGUGACCCCAAGAAUGACUCGUGGAUCUUCACACUGGCUGUGCUACUCAGCAGCGUGUUUGUCUACAACAGCAUUGGCACCAUCAACCACCAGGCCCUGGAACAGCUGCACUACGUGACUGAACUAGCAGAGCUCAUCAGGACAAAAUCAUCUCCCAGCUCUGAUGAAAUACAUCACUCAUCUGAAUUUGUGAGUUUCUUUCCAGACUUUGUUUGGGCUGUCCGUGAUUUCACACUGGAGCUAGAGUUAGAUGGUCGCCUCAUCACUGAAGACGAGUACCUGGAGAAUGCCUUGAAGUUGAUUAAAGGAAAUAUUCCCCAAAUCCAAAUGUCCAACCUGCCUAGAGAGUCUAUCAGGAAGUUCUUUCCAAAACGGAAGUGCUUUGUCUUUGAUCGGCCUACAAGUGACAAAAAACUGUUACACUGCAUGGAGAAAGUGUCAGAAAGUCAACUGGAUCUGAAUUUCCAAAAGCAAUCCCGAAAAUUCUGUUCCUAUAUCUUCACACAUGCAGAAGCCAAGACCCUAAGGGAGGGGAUCACUGUGCCUGGAAAUGGGCUGGGAACUCUCAUUGUGAUCUACGUGGACACCAUCAAUAGUGGAAGUAUUCCUUGUUUGGAGAAUGCAGUGACAACUCUGGCCCAGCUUAAGAACUCAGAGGCUGUGCAGAAGGCAGCCGACCACUACAGCCAGCAGAUGGCCCAGAGAGUGCAGUUCCCCACGGACACACUCCAGGAGCUGUUAGACCUGCAUGCAGCCUGUGAGAGGGAGGCCAUCGCCAUCUUCAUGGAGCACUCCUUCAAGGAUGACAAGUGGGAGUUCCAGAAAAUGCUUGUGGAAACCAUAGAGAAAAAGAAGGAGGAUUUCUUACUGCAGAAUGAAGAUGCAUCUCUCAAAUAUUGCCAGGCUGAGCUUAGGAAGCUUUCAGAAUCCUUGAGGGAAAGCGUCUCCAGAGGAACUUUCUCUGUGCCGGGAGGACACAGUCUCUACUUAGAAGCAAAGAACAAAAUUGAGCAGGACUACGAGCUGGUGCCCAGGAAAGGAGUUAAGGCGAAGAAGGUUCUCCAGAGCUUCCUGCAGUCACAGGCACCAAUAGAAGAAUCCAUCCUGCAGGCAGACAAAGCUCUCGCUGAUGGGGAGAAGGCCAUAGAAGCUGAGCGGGCCAAGAAGGAGGCAGCUGAGCAGGAACGGGAGCUUCUAAAACAGAAAGAGAAGGAACAACAGCAAUUCAUAGAAGCUCAAAAGAUAAGUUUUAAGGAAAACAUAACCCAACUGCAAGAGAAGAUGGAGAGAGAAAAAGAUGAACUUCUUAGAGAGCAGAAAAAGAUGCUGGAUCAUAAACUAAAGAUGCAAGAAGAACUACUUACUGAAGGGUUUACAAAUAAAUAUGAGGAGAUGAACAAAGAGGUAAAUCAGCUAAGAGAAGCUGUUCAGCAAACUACAAGCAAUAGAUCUUCAGCAAUCUCUGAUGGCCUCAUUAAGGCUGGUGGUGUAUUAACUGCAGUACUACCUGGGCCUUUUAAGGUUCUUGGUGUAGGCAUGACUGGCCUUGGAGCAGUCAUGAAAUCUGGUGGUUGUUGCACUCAAUAAAUUUGAAAGGUAAAAAGUCGUUACCAUAUUAUACCAAGGGUUGACCUCUUAAAAACCCUUGAAAUUCUAGUCCCUGACCUUUAUUUAGAAUUAAGUACUAGGAUGUGAUUGCAAUGCUUCCCCAAGUCCAUCAUUCUAGUCCCUGACCUAUAUUCAGAAUUAAGUAUUAGGAUGUGAACUGCAAUGGUUCCCAAAGUCCAUCAUCACGUUUAUCAAGGUGGCAAAUUUCCAGGAAAAUUUUGUUCAUGGUAAACCCAACUUGUAGGGACUCUUUCCAGAUUGCAACUCUUGGUUUAGAAUGAAAUGCUUGCAAGUCCAUAAACUGCGCCUACUCUCUUGACUCAGGCUGUGCUAAAGGACACAAUUGUCCUUACACAGUCAUCUUACUCUUCCCUGAUAUUUCUUGCCCUGCUCCUCCUCACUGUUUCCUAACAGCCUGAGACUGAAUGAGGUGCCUUCCUUUGAACUAUGUUGUCCCACCUAUGGGACAACUAAUUAUGAUUUAAAAUUACAAUUUAAAAUUUUUCUUUUGGGUUGUUUGAGCUUAUUUUGAUGAAAUUAUUGUAGUGAAACUAUUUUUUGUUGGAUCUUUGAACUUCUUUUCCUGUUUGGGCCUUUGUCAGCAUAAGUGUCAUGCUGUUGAGUGAUUAUCAAAUGGGACAUACAAAGAAGAAUGUCAAUAUCAACAUACAUAAGAUAAUGCUUGAAAAAUAGUAGUGCCUGUCUAUAUGAUAUGCAGAUGAUGCUUCCAUCAUUAAAAUUGUGA